UCGAGGUCGUCCAGCCGAGGCGCCAGGACCCUCGAGCCGGAGCCCCGGUGAUUGCCAAGUGUCCGAAGCGAGCGACCCCUCCACCCGGAAGGCGAGAGAGCGAGAGAGAGAAAGAGAGGGAGAGAGAGAAAGAUAGAGAGAGAGAGAGCGAGUGGGCUCGGGCCUUGCUGCCACGUACUAAAGUGUGCCGUGUGUACAUGUUUUCUGUUUCAACCGGACCCGCCGCUGGAUGCGCCGUUGCCUCCUGAACUCCGUCCGGUUCUUCCGAUCGGCGCCGACCCGCGCGCUCACGUGGCGCCCCGCGACACCUCUUGGCCCCCCUCCCUCCCGCCACCGGGUCCCCCUUCCCUCACGCCGGGCGCUCCCCGCUCCCCGGCGCCGGCUCGCCCUUUAAACGCUUUCCCGGAUUUUCCCUCGGCCACCCCCACCUCCGACGGCCGUCUGCCGCGGCGCGCGCCCCCUCCCCGUCCCGCGGCGUCUCGCAUGUGCUCCCCCACCUCCCGGCCGCCCGCGCGCUCUUUAUUUACGCCGCGGACCCGCGGACCGCCACGACCCUCGACGGCGACGCCGACGACGACGACGACGACCGCGAUCGCGACCGCGAUGCCGGGCGCCGCCCGCUGGUGAACUUCGCCGCGGCCCACGCCUCCUCGCCCGCGGCCGGCCCGGCCUCUCCGCGCCUAAAACCGGACACCCACCGUCGCUAUCUGCACCAUCGCCGAUCACGUGGCUUGCUCGACGGCGACGCUGUACGACAAUGUGCACGCCGCGCCGCUAUGCGGUUCCGGCGUGGGCCACCCUGGUUCCGUCGCGCCGAUGGGCUCAGCCACCGGAGCGGGGAAUUCCACCGGGGUGACCUGGUGGGCCAUGAUGAACGGCACCCUCUACGAGGACAGCCCGCCGCACGUGCCGCCCACCUCGUCGCUAGUCUCGAUCCAGCAGCAGCAGGCGGGCCCCGCGCCCGGGGGCCCGGGCUCGCACCAGCAGGCGAGCACGCCCACCUCGCCGGGCGCGCCCGGCAGCGGUGGGGGCGGCGGCGCGGGCUCGGCGCCCCCGGGGCCCGGCGCCGGGGGCAGCGGGGGCGGCAGCUCCACCUCGCCCGGCGCCUCCUCGGUGGCCAGCAACGGCCAGUCCGGGCCCCUGCACAUCCCCGCGAAGCGGCCCCCCACGGCGGCGGGCUCGACCUACGGCGAGGUGGCCUGCGUCGAGGCCGCGGGCCCCCCGGGCGCGGCCGCGGCCGCCGCCGCCGCCGCCGCGGCCGCCGCCGCGACCGGCGUCAUCCGGCACUCGCACUCUUCCGCGGCCGGCUCGCAGGCCGGCUGGAGCUACAGCCCCCACCAUCCCCAGGAGGCCCACUACUCCAGCUCGGGCAGCGCCGGCGACCUCAACCACCACGCCCAGGGCUACGGGGGCCCCAACCCCCCCACCUACUACAACCUGGCGGCCGACCCGACCUCCGGCUCCGUUGCCGCUUCCGGGGCCGCCUCCAGGGACGCGCGCAAGGCCGGCGCCACCCUGAGCUUCUGGUCGCCCGCCACCGCGGGCUCCGCCGCGGUCGCCACGUCGGACUAUAAGUCCUACAACUCGGCCGGGGGCGCCGCGACCACCACCUCCUCCGCCGGGGGCGGCGGGGGCGGCUCCGCCGGCGGGGCCGCGGGCGCCGCCGAUCCCGCCGUCUCCUCCUGCCACCAGAGCUUCGCCGGCAGCUGGUGCAACUACUCGCCCUACACCACGGCCAGGCACCACCAUCCCGUCGACCCGGCGGCCCACCACCACCCCCACUCGCAGCCCGGCGUGCCCUACCUGACCCCCUCGGCGACCGACGAGCGCGGCCGCGUCGCCGCCGCCAUGGUCGCCGAGGGCGCCUUCCCCCACGACGGCUACAGCGGCCUCCGGAACUACGCGGCCCACGAGCCCGUCGCCUCCAGCCCCUACCCGGCCCCAGUGAUGUGGGGUUCCUCCCCAUCCUCCUUGUUUUCCGCAGGUUCGCUGGCGGGAGUCGGCAUGAGCGUCGGGGUGCCCGGGAUGAGCGUCAACUGCGGGGGGUCGAACCCCCUCGAGUGGACGGGCCAGGUGACGGUGCGGAAGAAACGCAAGCCCUACUCCAAGUUCCAGACCCUCGAGCUCGAGAAGGAGUUCCUCUUCAACGCCUACGUCUCGAAGCAGAAGCGGUGGGAGCUGGCGCGGAACCUGGGCCUUACGGAGCGCCAGGUGAAGAUCUGGUUCCAGAACCGGCGCAUGAAGAACAAGAAGAACAGCCAGCGGCAGUCGCAGCAGCAGAACAACAACAACAACAGCAACGCGAACAACGCGAACCACCACGGGGCGGCCGGGAGCCACCACCACCCAGGAAGCGGGCACGCACCCUCGAGCCACCACGUGGUCGCGCAGGCGCAUCACGCGAACGGCUCGACCAAGCACCAUCAGUGACCCGUGGCCUUCUCUGGGGUCCCCUUCGGGCAGCACCUGCUCGGACACACCUCCUCCAUACACGG